ACAGCUUCCGCACCAGUGCAGACAAACCCGUAGCUAAAAAAGAGAGCCUCGUCUCUGGUGAAAACUUCGAGAUUCAGUAGAUCGAAUGAACAUCGUUGGCAACCCCACCGCGGCUAAAAGCUUCCGUAGAGAGAGAGUUUCCCACACUCGACCGCGUGCUCUAACCGGCGCUACUGAAGUGAAGUCCGAGUUCAAAGCAGCUGGAAAACGUCGCGGACACCAUCUAAUCUCAACUUUCGGCAAGUCCCCACUGGCUGAACGGCUAUGCGGCAGCUCUUCAGCUGUGGAACCGCACUGUUGUGCUUGCUUUUCGUAGUUGUUGCUUUCGUCAGCGCAGGUCAAGCAGCCUACUCGCAACAGGGUCAGAAUGCCUAUCCAUACCCGAAAGCCUUCAUGCUUCACAGGCGAGCCGGUGGUAUGCCCAAUUUGUCGGUCGUAGGUCCGCUAGAUGUUCUCCGACGGAAAAUGAUGCUGGACAUGAUGGAACAGAGGAUGAAGAGCAAGAUCAACGCGAAUAACGAAUUUCUCUCCAGGCUCGGCAAGAGAGCGGACGCGAUCCCAGCGUACACUGCGCUUCAGCAGGAGUGGCUCGAAAACCUGGAGUCUAACGAAGCUUGAUCUUCUUUCAUCGCCCGAUUCGUCGUCAGCAGACAUCCGCCUUAGAAGUCGCCCCCGUCAAGACUCCCGCCCCAAAUCGACGGAGUUUGAAACCAACUCUGUAGCUUCCCGCAUUCCGGGAGCUCGUAGAAUUCUACCUAUAUUUUUGCGCUCCCAUUCCUUCAAGAACAGUCUUCGAAGAGAAUCAGAAACUCGAGGGAGAUGUUCCGGGAUGUAGUUCGAGGGGGAGGAGCGACCUCCAGUUUGAUUCCUCGAGAUAUUUUCCAAAAAAAUAUAGUCUCACAGUUCUCAAUUAAAGCAGCACCUGAUGGUCUCAAGUAGACUAUAAACCAUCCAGAUCACCAAACACUUUAUUCACCUCAAGCCAUGCCGCUUACGUUCGACCGCGCAGAACUCAGGCUCUGAGUCUAUCCCGAGAAAUACAGCGUAGAGCGGGGAACCUACAUCAUCUGAUCAGCGAUAUAUUCACCUAGAACGAGUCAUCACAUUUGAAGUUACCUAGGUUACCAUAGACAAACUUUUAUCAUUCGAACUCAACAUGGAUGUACUUAAAGUCAGAGUUAUACCCUCAUCGCAUCCCAAGCUUGGAUGAUGUCCUCCGAUCGUCCCUCGAUUCUCAAUCGAAUCAGCGAAAAAUGCAAAGCAGAACAACGUCGAUUACCUAGGUCACAAAGGAAGCAGUAGGGGAGGCCCUAUUAUUUUCCCCCCAUGAUUACCGGCUCUCGGGUCGACUCGGAAAUCAUGAUUGACCCGCAUUCCUCUCGAUGCGAUCGAGCGCCGAGGAGCUUCAUGGUACGAAAACUCUUCGCGAGCAUCGAAUCCGGAGCCGUCAACAUCGAUUUUGGAGUUCUGUCGACUCAGUCUAUCGAGGUGUGGGCGGUGUUCCUACGCGAAUACCCCGGAGCUGAGUGAGAAUCAAACUUUGUUAGUCUCUACACCGUGUAUCGAUUAGACCGCCGACCAGCAACCUGUUACCCUCUGGAAAUUGGAAUUUCAUUGGGCUCGAUUACCAUGUCUAGUCCGACCAAGCCUUUCGUCGUGGAGACGAUCAUUUCGUGGAAUCACUCCUUCGGCGGAAUGCGCAUCCCCCGGGGAAAUCGAGAUUCUCGGACGGACAACGAGAAUGGUUCGUUGAGUCGUUCCAAAUCCUAGGCGAAUUCCGCAACUCAUGAUUUCACCGUCUCACAAUCGUUGACCUCCAAACGAUCGAGAUACACCAUCGCAUUCGCCUGCAUCAGUUGAGAGGCAGUCCCUCUUCGGGGUCGGUCAGCAGACGCAGCGGAAGCUGAUUGACCGAAUCGUUCUCCAGGGUCCUUCUCAUCCCGGAAGCUCUGUAAAUAAAGUAACAUGCUAGUCCAGAGAUAGGGCAGCGAUCAAUAUCUGGCACACUCGGCUGCUCACCCGAACCGAGUGCUUCGUUCCGUUUUCUGAGGCCCCGUUAAAUGAAGUAUCUAUUCGUUCUCGAAUCUUUCUCCCAAGAGCGGCGAAUGCCUCCAGAGAGAGAGGCUGACAUACAUACGUAGAUUCUACCUACUUGACAGCGUUCAAUGAGUUAUGUAGGCACGCGAAACAAUAACAGAAAGACUAUGAUUUCGACAAUGACAAGAAUGAUGAUGAAUAUUAUAAUAUCGUCAAUUACCAAGGGGUAAACCUAUGGGAAAAUAUCGUUAAUCGUUGCUCCAACGGAUAGGAAAACAAGAGUCUCGACUACUAUGCUUGUUCAACGGCGUCGAAUAAAGCAGAUGUGUCUCCGAACA